GGGAAACGAACUCCCAAGUAUAGUUGAGUUCUCAAUGUUACUACACGCUGACGAUGUAAAAGUUUUAAAGUUUGUAUUAGCUACGUUACAAAACUUUAUUCCGAAAUCGACCUUAGCAGUUUUUCAAAUAAUGUGGUGACUUUGUAGCAGUUGAGUGACGACAAACCGUUUAAUAUGCUGCAUUUUAAGGCGAAUUUCUGAGAAAUGACAAUUCUCGAUGAGUGUCACAAGAAGUUAGCUGAUUUACAAAAACAAGUAACUCAAACAAGCAAAAAUGUUAUAAAUCGUACACAAAAGUGGCGACGUCUGUCAACUGUACCAUCUACAGAUUGUGAUGUUGUAGUAAUAUUUAAAACAGAACUUUCCGAAGAGAUUGUUGACUGGCUGAUAAAAAUUAUUAAUAACCGUGUACCUCAACUGGUCAUACAUAAACAGUUUCAUCGCACAUCAAGGCAGUAUGCGCUUUAUUUAACUGCUUCAUAUAGGGGUCUACUUACAGGUGCUGAAGAAUUAAGAAUUAAAAAGUCUCUAUUACCUGAACAUGGUGGUGGCUUACGUGAAUUUUCAGUUGAUGAAUUCAGUUUAUUCGAUAAUGUAAUGGAUGAGAAAGUUUUUCUGUCAACCAGUGAACGUAGUAAUAUUGUUCAUCAUUUUCUGAUGAGUUUACGUGCUUGUCGUGAAGAUUCCGAUAUGUGUUCCAUUAAAUUUGCUAAUGAUCAAUGUAUGAUUCCAUCUCUUCAAUCCGCUGGUAUUAUCUUACAAAUAUUUCCAUUACACGAACCAAGUGAAUUAAAUAAGUUAACUAGUAUUUGGAUUCGUCGUUGGGUUGUCCUACAACCAUUAGAUGAAAUUAAAGAAUAUUUUGGUACAAAAGUUGCAUUUUAUUUUGCAUGGCUUGGCCAUUAUACAUAUUCAUUAAUAUUUCCAUCAGUUGUUGGACUUGCUGUUUGGUUAUUUGUUAAUCCUAACAAAAAUUCUUCAUUUUAUUAUUUAUUAAUGGCUAUUAUCAAUUUAAUAUGGACAUCAUUAUAUCUGGAACAUUGGAAAAGGACUAGUUCAUUUUUAGCUUAUCGCUGGGGUUCAUGGGAUACACCAAUUUCAUUAUUAGAAGAGCCUAGACCAUUAUUUAAAGGUAAAUUAUCUUUAUGCCCAAUUACCGGUAGACCUAUACGUACUUAUUCAAAAUGGAAACGUUUACUAAUUUUAUGCUUUAUUACUACACCUAUUGUUCUACUUUCAUUAAUUAUUGUUAUUUAUAUCACAUUAAUGUAUGUUCGACUACAAGAUAAAAUGAAUAUUUAUGCUGAUAAUAAUACAUCUAUUAUACCAAAUUUUAUAUUGGUAACUUUACCAAAGAUUUUCCUGGCUGUAUCAAUAUCAAUAAUGGAUUUUAGUUAUAAAAAAAUAGCUGUUUGGCUUACAGAUUUUGAAAACCAUCGUUUAGAAGAUGACUACAAUAAUCAUUAUGUAGUCAAGUUGAUUUUGCUUCAAUUUGUGAAUUCAUUUUAUUCCCUAUUCUACACAGCAUUUUAUCUGAAAGAUUUGGAAUUAUUAAGAAAGCAACUUGUAACAUUACUACUUACUCGUCAAAUAAUUGAUUCAAUCAGAGAAAUUUUUUUACCACUUGGUCACUCACGUUUACGACAAGUAUGGUUAUCAUUAAAAUAUGAACAGAGAUGCUUAGCUGAACGUAAUAAGUUAAAAUCUGAAGAUAAUAAUGGUUCAUUAUCAACAUCCAACCCUUUGUCAUCAUCAUCGUUAUCAUUAGCACAACCCAGUAACACAGAUUCAGAUGUUGAUAAAUGUUCAAUAUUGCCUGAAAAUAAAAGUCAAUGUGUUGAUAAUAACAUAACCAGGAUGGAUGUUGAUGUGAAUUCAGAAAUCCUUAUCCAUCAACGAAUCCAAAAAGUCACUGAAAAAAAUAAGUUAAACAAUAAUUCAAAAUCUUUCGAUAAUUCAGAAGAAACACGAAUAACACCCGCUGAGAGAGAAGCUACAUUGUUACGUUAUGAAGAUCCAACGGAUGAUUUCUUAGAAAUGUUUAUUCAAUUCGGUUAUGUAAGUAUGUUUACUGGCAUAUUUCCAUUAGCCGGUUUAUUGGCUUUUAUGAAUAAUGUAAUUGAAAUACGAGGUGAUGCAUAUAAAUUAUCAACUAGUUAUCAACGUCCAUUUGGUCAAUUUGCAAAUAGUAUUGGUAUUUGGCAAUCAGCAUUAGAUGUUGUCAGCUAUAUAGCUGUCAUUGUGAAUAUUGCUUUACUUGGCAUAUCUGGAACUGUACAACGUCUGUUUCCUAAUUUAUCUGCUUCACAGUUGAUUAUUUUUCUUGUUCUGAUUGAACAUGCAAUAAUCAUAACACGUGCUGCGAUCAGUGCACUUGUUCCGCAUACGCCUACUUCUGUUGUACUUCAGAUAGCUAAAUUAGAGCAUCGUAGACGAGAAGCCCUUAAGAUACUUGAACGUGAAUCGAUGCGUGAACAUCAACGUCAACAAUCACCUUCUAAUAUAUGAAAACCUCACAACAGAAUUUGUAUGAAGAAUUCAUUAACCUUGCCGUACUUUACUUCAUGUCAUUUUGAUUUGAUAAAUGCAACUGACCAAAUAAGCAAUAUUUCACUUUUUAAUAACAUUCUUUAUAUGAAAAACACCAAUGAAAUAUGAUUUUCUACUACUUAUUUCUAACUUAUUAUCAGCUUAAUUUACCGCAAUAUUUUCUUGGUGAUGUAAUAUUUAUUUCUGUAUUUUUUUGAAUUAAAUGAUAUUUUAUCCUUUUUCAAAUACAAACUGUUCAAUAAAUAACAGCUUUCCUAUUUUAGUA